CACAAAGCUACAAAGAACCACUCGGCCUUCCUUUUGCGAGAAAAGAGAUUUACCUUAUCGCACGAGAUGUCGUUUGCAAUACGAAACUCUGCUAGAUUUGUUUCAGGAUUGGUGGUUGGUGCGAGGAGACCAAGUUGUGCUUCUGUUCACUGUUCUCACAUUACCGCUGGUAGCGAGACUCCAAUCUCCUUUCACGCACGGUUCAACGGCGGAUUUAACCGCCCAAAAUCGUCGACCAAAGUAAGGAGAUCAAAAUAUCGUGAGCACCGACCAUCGUCUCAAGAAAAUUCGUCGUCGACCAUCCGUCGGGGUGGAGUUCCGCGCAACGGCAUUCACCGCCAUUCUCAUUCCCAUUUGGACAGACGGAGCUUAGUUAAGAGAGAAACAGAGCGGGUUCAUAAAGGGCCAAUUCCAAAAGAUGUUUUGUUAGUACGGAAGAAAGUUCCACUUGAAAAAAAGGAAUCAUUCAACAUUCUGGCUCUGGCGCUUUCUGCUACAGGGCCGAGUCUUUCGAUUGAAACCUACGCAAAAUCGGAGUCAUCUCUUCCAGCUAUGAAAAUUCAAAGGAGCAGCUUUCAUGCAAAUAGUACAAGUGCUCCGGUCCAAUUUGACAGUCGCCUUAAUGGCCAAUGUGAGGACGAUUGGAAUGAAAAUGAAGUAACCGAUAUUAACAAAGACGUUCCGAUUCUGGUCGGUACCGAGUCUUUAAAUAAAUUCAAAAGACCGAAGAAGCGGCACGGCCCUCCAGCAAAGAAAAUUCGCGACCGCAAGAAGCUAGGUCUAGAAAAUGGAUCGAAGCAAACAGAAGCCAGCGAGAGUACGGUGCGGGAUCUAGUAGAUGAACCGAAACAAAAGGAAGUCAUCCAAAGUAAGGAUUCAAAGAACACAACGAAGCGGACCAAAGUCGACGAUAGAAAGGGGAGGUUCUUAGCGAAAGGACCGAAGCAACCAGAAGCUAACAAGAAGCGGGCACUUGUAAAGGGAUUAAAUCACACAGAAACCAGAGAUAUCAAGACUAUGGGUCUAAGCGAUAGGAAAAGACGGGCUCUAGUGAAACAAAAAGCACUCAACAAUAGGAAGAAGCUGGGUGUUGUGAAAGAAACGAGGCCAGGAGAAGUAAGCGAUCGAAAGAAGGGGGCUGUAGCGAAGGCACGGAAUAACAACUUAUCCAGCGAGAACAACAAAUUAGCCUCAAUAAAGGCCGAAAACUCCGAUGUUAACAUGGAAAAAGGUGCUGUGAAGCAUGCGCCAUGGUGGAUGAGUCGAAAAUCAAUUGAUUCGUCUGUGUCAUCUUCUUAG